AUGAGAACACUCACCCAAGAAAACAUCAAAACGAAAGAUGGUGAACACAAUAAUAGAGAUUUCGAUUUUGAAUUCUCCUCCGCUUUCGGGUACAAAAAACUGCACGAGACACCUCUGUUUGUUUACGCAGAUGAGCUCUUCGACCAUGGAAUGAUCAAGCCCUUGAAGCUUUAUAAACAUUCCGAUUCAUUACACAAGCCCUCAAGAACCAGCUCACAGCCUAAAGAUUCAAAGAGCACAGUGGACAAAUCUUCAUUAAGUUCGAGGUCAUGGAGCCCGAGUUCGAAUAAGAAAUGGAAGCUGACAAAUUUGUUAUUGUUUCGAAGCGUUUCUGAAGGUCAUGCAAGUAGCAGAGACGAUCAAGGUAUAAAGAGAAACGAGACUGCACGUUUGGUAAAGAACGAUGGCGAGAGGCAGAGAAGGAAGCAGGGUAGAAAUGGUCAUAAAAUGGCAAUGCAUUAUAGAAGCAACAGGAGGAGAGGGGAGGAGAUAAAGAGGAAGACAUUUUUGCCUUACAAGAAAACUCUGUUGGGUUGUUCGGACAUUGAUCCGGGUGUUUAUGAGUUUUGCAAGGGACAGGCAGCCGUUGAGAUAAAAUGCUGA